UAAAGUGAAUCAUAAGAUAUUCUACAUAGGAUCAUUUGUAUUUUUUAAGCCUACUUUGACUCUGAAGGUCAUUGGGGUUUAUUCAUUUAUGCUUUGUCACAGGUAUGGACAAAUUGCCAUAAAUGUCAAUUACUACAAAGUUGAAGUAAGUUUGAAUUGAGGAAGUAUGGUAAAGGUCAGCUUUUUAUCUGUUCCAGACCCUGUGUUCCAGAUGCCUAUUCAUACAAUACCCAAUACCCACACACACCUCAAGCCAACAUCCACCCACACAACUGGACCCAUGACACUACUUUACACCGCUACACUAGCACAUGGAAAACGUCACAAACAAUGCCUCUCAUGGAAGUUAAAAAAAGGGAACUAUGGUUGGUUAAAAAGGGCACAGAGCUGAACCAGCUCUGUAUGUCAUAAUACCGCGCUACAGCUAACAUGGCAUCCCUCCUGAUCCACACUCUACUGCUGUGCUACAGCUCCCUCAGUCGCUGCUCAGAGAGCAAAGAAUAUCCUCUAGAUGUCUUCGCCCCACAUGAGGUGAAAUUCCACUCCCUAGACUACAGAAAUGUCUUGCAUUGGAAGCAACAUGCCAACUCUACCAACGACCAACAAUACUUUGUCCAGUGGAAAGUAUAUGGGGAGAAGCAGUGGACCAAUGCAAAGGAGUGCCAUGGCAUCAGCCGGCUGCUCUGUGACCUGAGCAAGGAGACAUCCGACCCCAGAGAAUGGUACUACGCCAGGGUCCAUGCAGCCCACUCAGGGACCCAAUCACCAUGGGUCCUAUCCGCCAGAUUCAACCCCAAGUGGGAGACCUCUGUCAGCCCACCGACUAUGAAACUUCAUGUGACGGAGAAAGGCAUUGUGGUCCGGCUCAAGCCUCCACGCUCUCCACACAGGAGACCUAAUGGCAGCUGGAUCAGUGUGAGGAGGCUGCAAAGAAUGUCAUUUACUAUACACCUCAUGCAGAGUGACGUUGAGGAGGAAACAUUUGAAAUGGAGGGCUGUGCCAAACAGCUCCUGAUCUCAGAUCUGAGCCCCGGGACCACCUACUGCUUGACGGCCGAGAGUCGCUUGCACCUGCUGGACCGUAGAAGCACCCGGAGCCCUAGGGCCUGCAUCACCACACUGUGAGGGCCAGGAUCUAAUGUCUUCCCCCAGGGGAAAAUGUAGCCCUGGAUUUCUCUGCCAAACCGGAAACUCAACAUGAUACUGUGACAAUCAAACCUCACCGGAAGUAUACACUGAUUUAUCCACUAUUACCUCAGGUACUGCACAGGGAUGCACUUUUAGAAUCCUUCACAUUUCUUUCAUCGAUAACUUUGUUGACAAAUGUUGUACGUAAAACAAUGAGUAGCACUAAACAAUUACACAUUGUGAUAUGUCAUCAAUAAUUAAAUUACCGCACAUAUAGAAGGGGUAGGUAACUAGAUUCAGCCACGGGCUGAUUUUUGUCAGAGUGGAUGGUUGGGGGGGUUGGAACAUAAUUAUAAUAAUUUGUACACUGCAAAUUAACCGGAACUAAAAACUUUGGGAGGACUAAAUAUCCCACUUGCGGACUGCCUGUUGCAUAUUCAUGGAAAGGGGAUACCUAGUCAGUUGCACAACUGAAUGCAUUCAGCCAAAAUGUGUCUUACGCAUUUAACCCAACCCCUCUGAAUCAGAGAGGUGCAGGGGGCUGCCUUAAUCAAUGUCCACGGGAGCAGUUGUUGUUGGAGGUUAACUGCCUUGCUCAAGGGCAGAACGGCAGAUUUGUCCACCUUGCUGGCUCUGGGAUUUGAAUCAGCAACCUGGCCCAACACUCUUAACCGCUAGGCUACUUGCCGCCUCACUAUGCUAAUAGGGAGAUAUUGAUAAAGCACAAUCAUUCCGAUCCUUGUGUAGUUGGUGCUUGUGUAGUUGGUGCUUGUGUAGUUGGGGUGGGCUUGCACUGUAAGAUAGAUGUGAAGGAGCUCUGCUGUUGCUCUGCAGUCUCUGUGUUGACGAGGGACAAAACAACCUAACGUCUCCUAUAGAAUUGCUAAGGCUGCAUUUACACAGGCAGCCCAAUUCUGAUAUUUUUUUUCACUAAUUGUUUUUUGGACCAAUCAGAUCAGCUCUGAAAAAUACCUGUCGUGAUUGGUCAAAAGACCAAUAAUGGGGAACAAAGAUCAGAAUUGGGCUGCCUGUGUAAACACAGCCAUAGAAUCCCAGUAAAUUACAGUCUCCUGUGUCCUGAUUACAUUGACAUGUAAUCAAUGAAUGUAAUGAAUCAGUAAUUCAAAUAAUGAAUCAGUUUUACUAGCACUGGUUUUGCGGAAAGCUGCUUUAUUUUUUAUUUGCAAUGACUGUGAUCUGUGGUUGUCUUACCUACCUUACUUGAAUGCACUGACUGUAAGUUGCUCUGGAUAAGUGUCUGCUAGACUCAUUACACUGUCUGUAUUCAAAUGCAAAUAAAACCUACUCAUUUUGCUUUGACAAACA